CACGUUGUUUUCAUCAAAGUACACAAGGCAGCGAGUACGACCACCAUGAAUGUGAUGUUAAGGUUUGCUCUGAAGAGGAAUCUCGCCAUUAUGCUUCCGACGAAACUUAACAUCAUCAGCGAGGGCGGCUCUUUUACGAGCAAAAAUAUCCUUCCGUCUAAAAGUGGUAAAUAUGACAUAUUGUGCAAUCACGUGAUCUAUGACAGACAGGCUAUUUCGAAAUAUUUUCCGUCAGAAACAAAAUAUGUGACCAUUUUACGGGAACCAUUCGAUCAGUUCACUUCCGGUUUUAUGUUUUAUAGAGAUGUCUUUCCAGUUAGUUAUUUAAUUAGGAUACCCGGAAGUUCGCCUAUCUCCACUUAUCUGGAAAAUCAACAAAAAUAUGAACCUAAACGAUUGACCGAUUCAUUUACUAACAACAGAAUGAGCGUCGAUUUGGGUAUCAAACGAAAGACAUUGUCAAACAAAACACUCAUAAAUGAAUUUGUGAAAAAUAUUUCUAAUGAUUUUGAUUUGGUUCUAAUUGCCGAAUAUUACGAUGAAUCUAUGGUUUUGUUGAAAAGAACUUUAAAUUGGAAUUUGGAGGAUGUUUUUUAUAUGUCAAGUAAUAUUUUUUCAAACUAUAAAAAUAAUUUCAACGUAACAGCGUUAGAUCGUGAACGAUUCCGUCAGUGGGCUAAAGCAGAUUAUGCUCUCUAUCAGCAUUUCCAUGACGUUUUUUGGCAGAAAAUUCGUAACCAAGGAAGUGAUUUUUUUCAUGAA